UAUUUAGGGUCGAAUGGACAGAUGCUUGAAAGAUGGCUGGUGACAAGAGCAAAAGCCUAGGCACCAAUUCCACUAAUAAUCGCGUUUGGAGCCCGUCCGUUCGAGGACCUGUGUUCAUUUUUAUCUGGGCGCUGUUGGCCGAGCCCGGGCGAGCCACCACACACUGGGUGGUGACGGAGGACGGCAAAAUUCAACAGCAAGUGGACUCUCCUCUAAACUUGAAACACCCCCAUCAUUUAGUUCUUUUCAUGCAGCAAGAGACUCGUGUGAACUACCUCAAGAAGUUAGAGAAGCAACUAGUUGCUCAGAAAAUCCACAUAGAAGAGAACGAGGAUCGGGAUACUGGUUUAGAGCAGCGGCACUAUAAAGAAGAUGCUGACUGUGUCGCUGCUAAAGUUCCACUGGGGGACUUGGAUCUCUAUGAUGGCACUUUUAUAUCCCUCGAGAGCAAAGACGUGAAUCCGGAGGAUUAUUUGGAUCAGAUGUCAGCUCUACCUCCAGACCUGGAAAAACCUGACUGUGCAAAUGUUAUUGACCUUCCUUAUAGCAUUCAUGCAUUUCAGCACCUCAGAGGUGUACAAGAGAAGGUGAACCUCACAUCCCCCUUGCUUUCAAAGGAUGACCCAAUCUUUACCUCCCUUUCUCUUAAACUGGGCCAGAGUGUGGAUGAGGUUGGGCAUCGGAUACAACAGGCCCUGCUAAAAAAUACCACUUCUUGGGUGCUUUAUAACCUGGCAUCCUUCUACUGGCGGUUGAAGAAUGAACCGAGGCGAGCUGUGGACUGUGUGGUCCGUGCCCUCCAUUUCUCUCCAAGGCAGCACAAAGACAUUGCUCUUGUCAAUAUGGCAAACAUACUUCACCGAGCACACUUCUCAGCUGACGCCGCUAUCCUUGCACAUGCUGCUCUGGAUCUCCCCACCGAUCUGCUAACCAGCCAUUAUACCCUGGGCAACAUUUACGCUAUGUUGGGGGAGUAUAAUCACUCAGUGCUGUGCUAUGAGCAGGCCCUGCAGACUCAGCCAGGCUUUGAGCAGGCCCUCAGGAGGAAACAUGCCGUCCUCUGUCAGCAGAAGUUGGAGCAGAGACUUGAGGCUCAACACCGGUCUUUGCAACGCACUCUGAAUGAACUGAAGGAGUACCAGAAGCAGCACGAUCAUUACCUGCAACAGCAGGAGAUGCUGGACAAACACAAGCUCAUUCAGGAGGAACAGAUCCUACGAAACAUCAUUCACGAAACCCAGAUGGCUAAGGAAGCACAACUAGGAAACCACCAAAUGUGCCAUAUGGGCCAGCAGAAGUUCACCCUGCACUGUCCUUUUGACUUGCCUGUACGAUAUCACCGUGGGGAACGGUUUGAAAAUGUUCACUACAUUCAGUUUGGCGAAGAGGUUUCCAUAGCCAGCAGUGUUGCUCUGGUGUCUGAAUUGAGUGUGAAUGAGAGUCACAGUCCUCUGCAGUCCUACACCAUGUCCUUAGGACAUGAACCUGCUACCCACUGGGACAAGGAGUCCACCACCUCUGACGUGAGUCAGAGUGUACUGUGGCCAAGGAGGUCAGACUGUGCACAGCGAUUCUCCACCAUUCCUCCUGCUCACCUACUGCCCACCUAUUACCUGUCCCCUGAGUCCCGCAACUUUAAGGCUUUGAAUAUCCUCUUGGAUAACAGAAGUCCACCACCAGGAAAGACCCCGAACUGCAGCUUUAAGAAUCAUAUCACUGCUAGAGACCCUCUGAGCUUUGUGGUCUGGGCCUUAGAAAAGGAGCUGCCUGAUCCACAUGCAGCAGAGGUGUUACUGAAGCGCAGUGGUGGAAAGAGCUUGGAGCAAACUGGAGCACUGAUCGCUCAGGCUCUUGACAAGAUGACUGGACCACAGUGGUUGAUGCAGAAUGAGGCAGGUCUGUUCUGGCGUGCCAAAGGAAAUGGAGCACAAGCUUUGCUGUGCUUGCGUCAGGCAAUGGAUUCUGCUCCUCCCCAGUACAGGGACAUACCGCUGGUCAAUACUGCUAACCUGCUGCUCCACUAUGGCCUGCAUGAUGCGGCCCAUGAGCUGCUGCAACAGGCCCUGCAGAUCAACCAAUCAGAGCCUCACACCCUGUUAAGUCUGGUGAGCGUUUAUCUCUCUCAGGGAAACCUGUCUGGCGCUCUGACUGUGUUUCGUCAUGCCCUGACCCUCACAGUGCACUGUCCCCAGUGUCGUGCCAGCCUGCCUCUAAUGCGCUGCAUCCAGUUCUAUCCCUUCCUCUACAAUCUCCAGCACCAGGCCUGCCUGUCUAACUCUGGCUGUGAGGCAGAGGAAGACUCGGAGCUGGAGGACUGGGACUCGGGCAGCAGUGGCAGGCAGGAGGCAUGGGACAGUGAUGCCAUUCCUGUGUCUGCUUUAGAAGACUCGCUCCUCUUUGAGAAAGUGGUGGUGGACAGUAACGGCUCAGGGGAGGCGCGUGGGCAGGAGAGAGGCAGAGACCAGAAGACUGAGGGGGUGGAAGUAGAGGAACAGGACUGGCGGCUAAGAGAGGAACUGAUUGGAGCAUUUGAGGGGGCUCUAGACAUGAAUGGAAAGACGGGGGACCUGCGGGGCAUUCGCGUGCUGAAAAAUGAUAAGGUCAUGGGGGCUAGAAGUGGAGGACCCUGCUUUGGCAACUGUGAGGAUGAUGAGGGAGCCGAAUGGAUCACAUUCCAGGUGAAACGAGUGAAAAAGCACAAAACUGAUACCUCUGAGGGAUGGGUGGGAGGAGAUAUUCAUCAGGGUGAACCAUCUACAAGCAACUCCGUCUUGGAGAUCAGUGGGCCCACAAUCCCCUCGCCUGGACCCUCAGAGAGAUGGAAGGACUACAGCAGUCUGGGUUGGCCAGGUCCCGAAGAAUGUCAUCGCACACGUCGUGUAGACCUUACUACUGUGGCCAGUACCUGGCUCGCUGUGUCAGCCAAGAACAUAGAUAUCACAGAUCAUAUAGACUUUGCCACUCCACUUCAAGAGCCUGCAGUGGAGCCGGUGUGUAAUGCAAACCUCCCUGCUAGUAUGCACACCCUAGACCAUCUGAGCGGUGUGGCCAACCGUGGAGGCAUCCACUAUACCGGAGAGAGUCAGCUGAGAGAGGUUUUGCAGAAUUUGGGAAAAGAUAAAUUUCCCCAGCAGUCCUUUGAGCAAGUGGGAACACGCAUUGCUAAGGUGUUGGAAAAGAAUCAGACCUCCUGGGUUCUGUCCAGUAUGGCAGCAUUGUACUGGAGGGUUAAAGGUCAAGGAAAGAGAGCCAUUGACUGCCUCCGUCAGGCUCUAAACUGCGCUCCUCACCACAUGAAGGAUGUCCCCCUCAUCAGUCUUGCCAACAUCUUCCAAAAUGCACGGCUAUGGGAAGAUGCCCUAACUGUGGCGCGCAUGGCAGUGGAAAUUGCUCCUCACUUUGUGGUCAACCAUUUUACUCUGGCAAAUGUCUACAUAGCAAUGGAGGAGUUUGAGAAAGCCAUGCAUUGGUACGAGUCGACUCUAAAACUCCAGCCAGAGUUUGGGCCAGCCAAAGACCGCCUACGCACCAUCCAGUGUUACCUCCUCUCCAAGAGGGACCGGCGAGUUCCCUGAAGACACACAUGCACACACAUUUUCUAUAAGGUUAUGUUUCAGUUGAUCUCUGAAAAACGGUUACCCUUUUUUCCCAAUCAUUAACAACAUUUUAUAAUUAUGUUUUAUGGCUUACGGGUUGCUUUUUUUUUUUUUUUAAGAAAACAUCUUGAUAUAUUAAGGGAUAUUAUUAUUGCUGGUAUUACAAAAAGGGUCACUUAAAUCUGUACAAGAUUUCAGUGUGCCUGACAUUGAAUGCCAGACUGUACCUGAAUAAUAA